AUGGGGAUUCCCUUUGUUGCAGUGAAGAUGCCAAAAUGUUUUGGUCUCAAAUUCCUGCUUGAGUUUCUAACUUUCAUCAAGUUGUUGCUUCUAUUCACACUCAGCAAUCUACGUAUGUUCAAGCCACCUCAACAGCAACCUUACAGUUCUGAUCAAGAUCAAGAAACCGCAGAGGAUUAUGUUCUUGUAAUGGAUGAACUUUGCCCAUCACCAAUUCCAGUCCCAGUUUCCAUUCUCACAAGACUGAUCAAGAAGAAACUUCCAGUGAUAACAUACAGCUGUUUUCUUGAAAGAUCAGGGAAGCUCGAAGAUGAUAAAGAGAGCAUGUGUCUUGUCUGCUUGGAUUGUUUACAAGGCAGAGAUGAAGUCAGAGAACUAUGCAACUGUUCUCAUGUGUUCCAUCUAAAUUGCCUGGAUAGUUGGGUUGGUCAUGGUCAGGUUACCUGCCCUACCUGCAGGUCCAUGCUGUUUCCAAAGAAAAUGGGAGCUUCUGCAAUGUCUAUAUUUGGUUAUGAUGAUUCUGCUAUGGAUGAACAAGUGAAUUCUAUCACCCAUCACAUGAACUGGCACGAAUCUCCCAAAUCUGCCCUGCAAACUCCAGCAUUGUUGAAACUUCCAAUUGUACCAACAAAGUAUCGACAACGAGAAAGUGUGUCUGAUAAGAAACUCUAUAAUGCUUCGGAAAGGUCUUCUCAUGGAUAUAAAAUUGAAUUCAGUGCUGCUUCUUUGCUUCAACAGAAAUAG